AUGCAUCGAAAGGCCACCUUAUUGGCCCUUCUUGCCAUCGUAUGUGCCUUGUUUGUUGGCACAAAGACUGUUUUCGCAGACGACAAAGAAGCAUAUGGAACUGUGAUUGGUAUUGAUCUGGGUACUACCUACUCUUGUGUUGGUGUCCAAAAGAACGGACGCGUUGAAAUUAUCGCCAACGACCAAGGUCACCGUAUCACCCCCUCGUACGUUGCAUUCACUGAUGACGAACGUCUGAUUGGUGAUGCUGCCAAGAACCAAUAUGCCGCCAAUCCCACACGUACUGUCUUUGAUGCCAAGCGUCUGAUUGGCCGCCGUUACAAUGACAAGGAUGUCCAGAACGACGUGAAGCAUUUCCCCUUCAAAUUGGUCAACAAGAAUGGUGCUCCCAACAUCAAGGUUGCAGUCAAGAAUGACGACAAGGUCUUCACACCUGAAGAAAUCUCUGGCAUGGUUUUGACCAAGAUGAAGGAGACUGCUGAAGCCUAUUUGGGCAAGCCCGUCACCCACGCCGUUGUCACAGUUCCUGCCUACUUCAAUGACGCUCAGCGCCAGGCAACCAAGGACGCUGGUACGAUUGCUGGUUUGAAUAUUUUGCGUAUCAUCAACGAACCCACGGCCGCUGCAAUUGCAUAUGGCUUGGACAAGACUGGCGGUGAAAAGAAUGUGUUGGUUUACGAUUUGGGCGGUGGUACCUUUGAUGUCUCGCUCUUGUCGAUUGAUGACGGUAUCUUCGAAGUCCUUGCUACUGCUGGUGACACUCACUUGGGUGGUGAAGAUUUCGAUUCGCGUGUCAUGGACCACUUCAUCAAGGUCUGGAAGAAGAAGUACAGCGAGGAUAUCACCAAGGACUUGAAGACCAUGGGCAAGCUCAAGCGUGAAGUCGAAAAGGCAAAGCGUGCUUUGUCCUCUCAGAUGUCCGUCCGUAUUGAAGUCGAAUCGUUCCACAAGGGCAGAGACUUCUCCGAAACUUUGACCCGUGCCAAGUUCGAAGAAUUGAACAACGAUUUGUUCCGCAAGACUUUGAAGCCUGUUGAACAGGUCCUCAAGGAUGCCGGUUUCACCAAGGAUCAGGUCGACGAUAUUGUCUUGGUCGGUGGUUCCACUCGUAUCCCCAAGGUCCAGAAGCUUCUCGAAGAUUACUUUAACGGCAAGAAGCCUUCCAAGGGCAUCAACCCUGACGAGGCCGUCGCUUAUGGUGCUGCUGUUCAAGGCGGUAUCCUUUCUGGCGAAGAAGGUUCCGACAAGGUUCUCCUUUUGGAUGUUAACCCAUUGACUCUUGGUAUCGAGACUACCGGUGGUGUCAUGACCAAGCUCAUUCCCCGUAACACUGUCAUUCCCACCAAGAAAUCGCAGAUCUUCUCUACUGCCGCCGACAACCAGCCCACUGUGUUGAUCCAGGUGUUUGAAGGUGAACGUGCCAUGACUAAGGACAACAACAAGCUUGGCAAGUUCGAGUUAAACGGUAUUGCCCCUGCACCCCGCGGUGUUCCCCAGAUUGAAGUUUCAUUCGAAGUCGAUGCCAACGGUAUCUUGAAGGUCAGCGCUGCUGACAAGGCCUCUGGCAAGUCUGAAUCUAUCACCAUCACCAACGACAAGGGUCGUCUUUCCCAAGAAGAAAUCGACCGCAUGGUCCGUGAAGCCGAGGAAUUCGCAGAGGAGGACAAGCAGGUCCGUGAACGUACCGAGUCCAAGAACCAGCUCGAGAACUACGUCUACACUCUCAAGUCUCAGUUGAGCGACGAUUCUGGUGCUUUCAGCAAGAUCGAUGACGAUGACCGUGAUGCCCUUGAAGACGCCAUCCGUGAAAAGAUGGAUUGGUUGGAUGAGAACCAGUCGGCUGAAAAGGAGGACUUUGACGAGAAGCGUGAAGAGCUCGAGUCCGUGGUCAACCCUAUUACAGCCAAGCUUUACGCUGAUGGUGGCGCUCCUGGCGGUGCCGGUUAUGAUGCUGAAGAGGAUGAGCCUCUUUAUGGUCACGAUGAGUUGUAA